UCUUCACCGGGCCCUGGGUCCCUUCCUCAGCUUCCCCCUUCAGUGGCUGAGAUGAAUUAAUCAGCAGGGAAAAGGAUCACUGCAGGCGACACCGUUGGUAUUGCUGCUGUUAUUCUUGGCUGGGGGACCAUAGGACAAGGCCAAAUCCAGUCGAUCCCCCUCACAGGAACUCCAUUCCACUCCACCCCAGGGGCUUAGUUCCCCGUGUAGCUACCCCGAUAAAUUCCCAAAGCCAGAGCUUGGGGGUGGGAUUAGUGAUUUGAAAAUAGCCAAGGGAAUCCCAGACUCAGUAGACCCCAGCGAGAAAUUCUAGCUGUGAUUGUCCCCUAAAAGCCAUGGAAAGCACCCCCCGCCGCAUCAGAAACUUUGGCAGAUUCCAAGGGCGAUCUGCCCACGAUCCUAUUUCUCCCCAUUCUCCUACUCUUCAGAAAAAAAUCAUUGUCAAUACCAGCUCCUCUCUGCUUUCUACAGAUUCUCUUGCCAGGGUCUUCAGGUCGCCCUAAACUGUGCCCUGUCCCUUCCUUCAGCUGAACACCCCUCGGAAGCCUGGGUCCCCACACCCGCUUUCAGGCUUCUCUACUGCAGCCUUCGGCUCUUGGCUCGGCUCCCGCCAGCCGCGCCCCCUCCCUUCUCCCCUCUCCCUCCUCCCCCUCCCGCUCUCGUUCAACGUCACGAGAUGACGUAGGAAGGCAGGGAGGGAGGAGGAGUGCCCCCCCCCAGUCAGCAGCUCCCGCUGCAGCUUUCUUGGCCCAGCCUCCCGCUUUCUCGCCCCCCUCCCGUCUCUAAAAUGAGCCCCCCACGCCUGGCAGGAGCUAUAUAAGGCGGAACGAGACAGGCGAGGGGGGCAGCACAGCCAAGCGGAGCCCAGAGAGGAGAGAGAGCGCAAGCGAGAGCCUGAGCGAGAUACCGGGAAGCAAGGAGGAGGAAGCCGCCGGUGCCUCGAGCAGGGACGCAGGUGUUCCGGGAGCCGGAGCUGGAGCUUCACGGCCGGCAAUCAUGUACCGCUCCACCAAGGGCGCUUCCAAGGCGCGCCGCGACCAGAUCAACGCCGAGAUCCGGAACCUCAAGGAGCUGCUGCCGCUGGCUGAAGCCGACAAGGUCCGGCUGUCCUACCUGCACAUUAUGAGUCUUGCCUGCAUCUACACUCGCAAGGGUGUCUUCUUCGCUGGAGGCACUCCUCUGGCAGGUCCUACCGGGCUUCUUUCUGCUCAAGAACUUGAAGAUAUCGUGGCAGCACUGCCUGGAUUUCUGCUUGUAUUCACAGCAGAAGGGAAGCUGUUAUACCUGUCUGAGAGUGUGAGUGAGCAUCUUGGCCACUCUAUGGUGGACCUGGUUGCCCAGGGUGACAGUAUCUACGACAUUAUUGACCCAGCUGACCACCUCACUGUGCGCCAGCAGCUCACCCUGCCCUCUGCUCUGGACACUGAUCGCCUCUUCCGUUGCCGCUUCAACACUUCCAAGUCUCUCCGGCGCCAGAGUGCAGGCAACAAACUGGUGCUUAUUCGAGGCCGAUUCCAUGCCCAUCCACCUGGAGCCUACUGGGCAGGAAACCCUGUGUUCACAGCUUUCUGUGCCCCUCUGGAGCCAAGACCCCGCCUUGGGCCUGGCCCUGGCCCUGGCCCUGGUCCUGCCUCACUUUUCCUGGCCAUGUUCCAGAGCCGGCAUGCUAAAGACCUGGCCCUACUGGACAUCUCUGAGAGUGUUCUAAUCUACCUGGGCUUUGAGCGCAGUGAACUGCUCUGUAAAUCAUGGUAUGGACUGCUGCACCCUGAGGACCUGGCCCACGCUUCUGCUCAACACUACCGCCUGUUGGCUGAGAGUGGAGAUAUUCAGGCAGAGAUGGUAGUGAGACUACAGUCCAAGCAUGGAGGCUGGGCAUGGAUUUACUGCCUGUUAUACUCAGAAGGUCCAGAGGGCCCUAUUACUGCCAAUAACUACCCAAUCAGUGACAUGGAAGCCUGGAGCCUCCGCCAGCAGCUGAACUCUGAAGACACCCAUGCAGCUUAUGUCCUAGGCAACCCAACUGUGCUACCCUCCUUCCCUGAGACUGUCCUCUCCCAAGAACAGUGCUCUAAUCCACUUUUUACCCCAGCCCUCGGGGCUCCCAGAAGCACCAGUUUCCCCAGUGCUCCUCAACUGGGUGUUGUGUCAACAUCAGAAGAGAUUCCUCGACCCCUCAAAGAACUGGACUUCAGUUACUUGCCGUUCCCUUCUGGGCCUGAGCCUUCUCUCCAAGCUGACUUAAGCAAGGAACUUGUGUGCACCCCACCUUACACACCCCACAAGCCAGGAGGCUGCACCUUCCUUUUCAGCCUCCAUGAGCCCUUCCAGACCCAUUUGCCCACCCCAUCCAGCUCUUUCCAAGAACAGCUGACUCCAAGCACUGCAACCUUCUCUGAUCAGUUGACGCCCAGCAGUGCAACUUUCCCAGAUCCACUAACCAGCCCAUUGCAAGGCCAGCUGACUGAGAUCUCAGCCAGAAACUAUGAAGACCAACUGACUCCCUGCACCUCCACCUUCUCAGACCAGCUGCUUCCCAGCACUACUACCUUCCCAGAGCCGCUGGGCAGCCCUACACAUGAACAGCUGACUCCUCCCACCACAGCAUUCCAAGCACACCUGAACAGCCCCAGCCAAACUUUCCCAGAACAACUGAGCCCCAAUUCUACCAAGACUUACUUUGCACAGGAGGGAUGCAGUUUUCUCUAUGAGAAGUUGCCCCCAAGUCCUAGCAGUCCUGGUAAUGGGGACUGUACACUCCUGGCCCUUGCUCAGCUCCGGGGUCCCCUCUCUGUGGAUGUUCCCCUGGUGCCUGAAGGUCUGCUCACACCUGAGGCCUCUCCAGUCAAGCAGAGUUUUUUUCACUACUCUGAGAAGGAGCAAAAUGAGAUCGACCGUCUCAUCCAGCAGAUUAGCCAAUUGGCUCAGGGCAUGGACAGGCCCUUCUCAGCUGAGGCUGGUACUGGGGGAUUGGAGUCACUUGGAGGGCUGGAGCCCCUGGAUUCCAACCUGUCCUUGCCAGGGGCUGGCCCCCCAGUGCUCAGCCUGGACCUAAAACCCUGGAAAUGCCAGGAGCUGGACUUCCUGGCUGACCCUGAUAACAUGUUCCUGGAAGAGACACCCGUAGAAGACAUCUUCAUGGAUCUCUCUACUCCAGACCCCAAUGGGGAAUGGGGUUCAGGGGAUCCUGAGCCAGAGGGCCCAAGAGGGGCCUCAUCUCCUUGCAACAACCUGUCCCCAGAAGACCACAGCUUUCUGGAGGACCUGGCCACCUAUGAAACCGCCUUUGAGACAAGUGUCUCAACAUUCCCCUACGAUGGGUUUCCUGAUGAGUUGCAUCAACUCCAGAGCCAAGUUCAAGACAGCUUCCAUGAAGGUAAGCCAGGCCCAAAUGUCCAAGAACUCAUGUCCCUCUCCUCCCAGUGAGAUGCUGGGUGGGAUUAGGUGAAUCAGUCUCCUCCUCAUAACUCAGUUUUAUUGAGUAGAUAACAUCAUCUUUUAAGGUAGCAGUGAGGAUAAGAAAAAAUGAAGAACUUAUUGAAUCAGCAAGCCUGGCAGAUGGGCUGAGGUUGUAGGCUACAGUAGGGGAGAAUCCUUAGGUAAAUAUUUGUGCAUUAUAACUCUAUGUGGACCUAAAUUAGUCACCAACCCCAUUUUAUAGAUGGAGACAAUCAAGGUCUUGGAGUUUUAAAAAUUGUCCUUAAGUCACACAAGAA